AUGAUUGCAUUGGAGUCUUCUCGGCCUCUAUCGACAUCUCUCUUUCUUUCUGUUUUCGUGAUCGAUCAGCGAUACUCUGCUUUCCCAGAAUCAGAAGGAAGACGACUUGUCGUGUGUCCCGAACCUCAAGUCACAAUGCCUCCGAGAAAGGGAAUAGCAAAGGCGAAGUUCCACAGUGCUGAGAGUGUUGAUGUCGACCUCCAGAACUGUUUAUUGCGCAUCGAUAAGGGCACUGACGUGUAUGGGAUGUUGGUGAUUGAGUUGGACAGUGGCCGCUCUCCCAAGGCGUGCGAGCUAGUUGCUCAAAACAUUUCUGCGUCAAACACAACCGACAAGACUCGCGGAAAGCAGGGUGUUUACAAAAACUGCCGUUUUUCGCGCCUGACCAAAGAAGGAAUUCAGACUGGCGAAGUUGUUCCGGCUGCCAAACCUAUUCCCGCAGCUGAGCUGGAGGGAGAGAUAGGUCGCGUGCCGCACUGCUACGGUGCAGUAUCGCUGUGUCGCAGCUCGACCUCUUUUGACGGAUCACAGUUUUUCAUCUGUCUCACCAGAGAUUCUAUGGAGAUCGAUCACUUAAACAAGAAGCACGUUUGCUUUGGACGCGUCGUCGAGGGACAUGAUGUCUUGGCAGCUUUGCAAAGUGAUUUGGCUGAAUAUUCUGGCGACAUGGGGGUAGUCCGUAAGGACUGCCCCUAUGUGAUGGCGGAGCUCAGCUACGCAUCGAUGUAA